GACAUCUCAACCAUGGCUUCUUCUGGACUGCGGUUCACUGUCAGCAAGUCAAACAAUGGCGAUGCUGCUCCGCAGGGACCAGGUACGGAUAUCACAUCUAAUUCAUCCGGGAGAGAUUAUGGUGCUACAGGAAACGUGCCCGCUAAUGUCGACAUAGAACUGAUCAGCCCGACUGAUAGCGAGGGUUAUGCGUCGAAGACAUACACUGACGUGACCUCGCACUGUGACCAGCAGCCGUUUGCAAUGUUGGACGACGUCAACUUCGGUGGCCCGGAUAAGCACCUCUACCUCUACCACGAGGAUAUCCAGGAGAGGCCGAAGAUUGCAACCUUACUUAAUUCUCUCGCCAACUACAACCCUGUCAUCCCGACGGUCGAGGGCGACACUCAGAAGGCCGAGGUUGUGCAGUCUGCGAGGAUGGGCACGCUCAUGGGUGUCUACCUGCCGUGCAUACAGAACAUCUUCGGCGUCAUUCUCUUCCUGCGUCUCACCUGGCUGGUCGGCGCCGCCGGCGUCGUCGAGGGCUUCUUCGUCGUUUUCCUCUGCUGCGCCGUGACGCUGCUCACCGCGUUCUCGAUGAGCGCGAUCGCGACGAACGGCGUCGUGCCCGGCGGCGGCUCCUACUUCAUGAUCUCGCGCGAACUCGGACCCGAAUUCGGCGGCGCCGUCGGCAUCCUCUUCUACCUGGGCACGACGUUCGCGUCGGCGAUGUACAUCCUCGGCGCCGUCGAGAUCCUGCUCACGUACAUGGCGCCGCAGAUCUCGCUGUUUGGCGACGUGACGAACGACCCGGCGGGCAUGUUCAACAACUUCCGCGUGUACGGCACCCUUAUGCUGAUCGUCCUCGUCAGCAUCGUGUUCGUCGGCGUGCGCUUCGUGAACAAGUUCGCGACGGUGUCGCUGUUCUGCGUCAUCCUCUCCAUCCUCUCGAUCUACGUCGGCGUGUUCGUGAAGCCGUUCGGCAUCACGGGUCGCGUGGAGCCGUGCGCGCUCGGAGAUCGCCUCCUCAAGUCGGACUACGCCGACCCAUGCAGCAAGUACCUGAACAAAACGCUGAAGUCGGCGCAGUGGAACGAGUACUGCACGUACAACACGACGACCGAGGACUAUCAGGACUGCGAUCCGUACUUUGCCGACAACGAAUUCCACCGCGUGCAGGGCAUUCCGGGGUUGGCGAGCGGCGUGAUCCGGGAUAACUGGGACAAUUCGUACACGGUCGAGGGGGAAGUGGCGCGUGGUGUCAAGGGGAACAGCAAGACGAUGGUUGUCUCGACGAUGGCUUCCUCCUUCACGGUGCUCAUCGGCAUCUUCUUCCCCUCGGUUACAGGCAUCAUGGCCGGUUCCAAUCGGUCAGGAGACCUGGCCGACGCGUCGAGGUCCAUACCAAUAGGAACGAUCAUGGCCAUCGUGACUACUUCCAUUGUGUACUUUUCGUGCGUCCUCCUGUUUGGCUCGGCCAUCGACCGCCGUCUUCUGCUUGACAAGUACGGCGACAGUUUAGAUGGCAGCUUGAUCGUUGCACAGCUCUGUUGGCCGCAUCCGCUCGUUAUUGUCAUUGGGUCGUUUUUGUCGACGCUCGGCGCUGGACUGCAGAGCUUGACCGGUGCUCCACGCUUGCUGCAAGCCAUAGCACGCGACAACAUCAUUCCGUUCUUGAGCAUAUUUGGGCCGAGCACAAAAAGGGGCGAGCCAGCUCGGGCCUUGCUGCUCACUGCCUUCAUUUCAGAGCUUGGAAUUCUCAUUGCCAGCCUCGAUUACAUCGCGCCGAUCAUCACCAUGUUUUUCCUCAUGUGCUACGGCUUCGUGAAUCUCGCCUGCGCCCUGCAGACUCUUCUGAGAACGCCCAACUGGCGACCCCGUUUCCGCUUCUACCACUGGACCCUGUCCUUCCUCGGCCUCAGUCUCUGCAUUUCGGUCAUGUUCAUCACCAGCUGGUAUUACGCGCUCACCGCGAUCGCUCUCGCCGUCUGCAUCUACAAGUACAUCGAAUACCGCGGCGCCGAGAAGGAGUGGGGAGACGGCAUCCGCGGCCUGGCGCUGUCGGCAGCGCGCUACAGUCUGCUGAGGCUCGAGGAGGGUCCGCCGCACACGAAGAACUGGCGGCCGCAGCUUCUCGUGCUCGUCAAACUCGGCGGCGACCUGCUGCCGAAGCACGGCAAGAUGAUCACGUUCGCGAGCCAGCUGAAGGCCGGCAAGGGCCUGACGCUGAUCGCGUCUGUGCUGGAGGGCGAGUACCGCAACAUGAUCGGCGAGGCGCACGCCGCGAAGCAGGCGCUCAUCCGCGUCACGAAAGAGGAGAAGGUGAAGGGCUUCGUGGACGUGAUCGUCGCGCGCGACGUGCAUGACGCCGUCACGUUCCUCGUGCAGGGCGCCGGCCUCGGCGGCAUGCGCCACAACACGGUCAUCCUCGGCUGGCCGUACGGCUGGCGGCAGUCCGCCGACGAGCGCUUGUGGAAGGUGUUCAUCGACACGAUCCGCACGGUCGCCUACAACAAGGACGCGCUGCUCGUGCUGAAGGGUGUCGACGGGUUUCCGAGCGGCAGCGAGCGCGUCUCGGGCAACAUCGACGUCUGGUGGAUCGUGCACGACGGCGGCCUGCUGAUGCUGCUGCCGUUCCUGCUGCGGCAGCACCGCGUCUGGAAGAGCUGCCGCAUGCGCAUCUUCACCGUCGCGCAGCUGGAGGACAACAGCAUCCAGAUGAAGAAGGACCUGAAGCUGUUCCUCUACCACCUGCGCAUCGACGCCGAGGUCGAGGUCGUCGAGAUGGUCGACAGCGACAUCACGGCGUACACGUACGAGCGCACGCUCAUGAUGGAGCAGCGCAACGAGAUGCUCAAGGACAUGCGGCUGACGCGCACCGAGAACCGCCGCCUCGUGCAGAACAUCGUCGACCACCACCACGAGGGCGCCGCCGCCGCCGUGACGACGGCCGGCCGCGUGCGAGCCACCCGCCUCGACACCGUUCACGAGGACGAGUCGAUGAGCGACGACGACGACGAGAGCGGGGAAGCCACGUCGGACGGGAAGGACACGGCGGCGGGGGCGCCCGGCGACGGAUCUGGCUUCUCGAACCUGCUCAAGAUCAAGCCGGACGUGAUGAACGUGCGGCGGAUGCACACGGCCGUCAAGCUGAACGAGGCAAUCGUGAACAAGUCGCACGACGCGCAGCUAGUCAUUCUGAACCUCCCCGGUCCACCGAAGCACUCGGCCGGCGAGGAGAACUACAUGGAGUUCCUUGAGGUGCUCACUGAGGGCAUCGAGAAGGUGCUGAUGGUGCGCGGCAGCGGACGCGAGGUGAUCACCAUCUACUCCUAGCGUCUCCGCAUGAAUCUAGUAGAGGAACGAUAUGAUCUAUGUCCUAGCAUCACUUUUUGCUAGGUGUUAUGAGCGAUUGUGGGUGCUAGCGGAUGUCGGGUGGUCACCAUUUAUUCCUAGAAUCUAUGUAUGAUUCUAGUAGAGGAAUGAUAGCAUCUAUAUCCUAGCAUCACUGCUUAUUACGUGUUAUAAGCGAUGGUGCACAUUGGUGGUGGACAGGUGAUCAACAUCUAUGCCUGGCAACUAAGCAUGAAUCUAGUGGUAUAAGCAAGGUAAAAAUCUGGAGGAAUGUUAAAAUCUAUAUCCUGACCUUGUUGGUUACCAAGUGUUGUGAACCAUGGUGCGCGUUAGCCAACGACAUGUGUUGACCAUCUUCUCAUAAUCUCUACACAUGAAUCUCGUGGUUUAAGCAACGUAAAAAUCGGGAGUAAUCCUACAAUUGUUGUUUGCCAAGUGUCGUUAGCCAUGAUAUGCGUUAGCUGACGGCAGGUGUUCACCAUCUUCUCAUAGUUUCUACGCAUGAAUCUCGUAGUAAUAAGCAAGGUGAAAUUCAGGAGGAAUCUUAAAAUAUCUAUAUCCUGGCCUCGUUUUUUUGCCAAGUGUUGUGAACGAUAGUGCACAUUAGUGGCUGGCAUGUGUUUACCAUCUUCUCAUAGUCUCUACACAUGAAUCUCAUGGUAUAAACAAGGUAAAAUUGUUGAGGAAUGUUAAUAUCUGUAUCCAAGCAUCGAUGUUUGCAUGGUGUUUUUCACCGCAUGAAAUUCUGGUCUAAUGAUGAUAUAAAUUUGUAUCUUAGCAUUUUUGUUUCCAUAGUGUUGUGAACGACGGUGUGAUGUGGCAGCCGAGACGUGAUCACCAUCUUCUCCUAGUGUCUACACAAAUCUUGAGAUCUGUAUGCUUAGUAUCGCUGUUUGCAUGGUAUUGUGAGCCAUAGUGUGGUGUAACGGGAGAGUUAGUGGUACCCAUUUCACUUUCAAGUUUCAAACGGUUGAUUACUAAGUGUCCAGUUGUUAAGGGUUUUGGGUGCAAACCUGGAAUAAACUCGUUUAUGAUUGCAUUGAUCUGUAGGCGGAGUAACUUUUGCCAACCUGCUUUGUAAUGAUAAUUAUGUGCUUGAUAUAUUGAUUCUGUUAGAUCUCUGAGCCGCGUAUUGUUCUGGUUGUAUUUAUGUUUCUUUUAUAUACAUACAUGUAGAGAUUGGUUGUGACUAAGACUAGCCACGAAAAGUGACAAUCGGAUGCAUAGCAUGCUGGCUAGCUCCGUUGUGGUGCCAUCUAGUACCCGGCGCACACGGUGAGAUUCAUGCUAGGCAGGGAGCGUGAGUUUCGUGCUCAGCACGAAUCUCAGUGUGUGCAGGGUUGAUUUAUGUGAGUUUUCGGUCUCGCGAGGCAGUGAGGAAAAUAUUUGUCGUGUUUGAUAAUUUUGGUCUGGCGAGGCUGAAAACUCGGCGUGUGCGGGUAUGUGAGACUCCUGCUUACACUCACUCAGUGACGGUGCAUUUCGAUUGGUUCCGCCAUUUUGAUCAGUCACAUGACCUACAAUGGCACCCGCUCGUAAGGUCCGUGCUCAGCAGGAAUCUCACCGUGUGCGCGGGUGUGGGAAUCCCACUGAGCACGUUACCCACGCUCCGUGCUCAGCAUGAACCUCACCGUGUGCGGGUGUGAGAAUCCCACUGAGCACGAUACCCACGCUCCGUGCUCAGCAUGAAUCUCACCGUGUGUGCGGGUGUGGGAAUCCCACUGAGCACGAUACCCACGCUCCGUGCUCUGACAGCAUGAAUCUCACUGUGUGCGCCGGGCAUAACUAUAAUUAUGUGCACUGUACUGUAUAUAGGUGUAGAUUCAACUCCUCCCCUAAUUGGUCUCAGAAGUACAGCCAACCUCGCAUAUAUUGUACGCGCAAGAAUCGGAGGAAUUGAGGUGGUUUUUCUUUAUAGCCUAUACUUUGUAAGAGGCUAUAUUAAUUUAGUAUUGUGUAGGUCUGGGCUCGAUUCUCACAGAGGGCCCAUGCGCAUAACGGUAAGAAAUGGCCAGAAUAUCCCUAACGUUCUUAGAACAAGACAAGACAAAACAAGAUGAAACUAGCGUGAAGCUAGAAUGAAGUGUACGACAUAAUUAUAUAUACUGUUGUAUAUGCGGGGUUGUCUAUAUACGGAUGUUAUUAAUAAUAGUAAAUGUAAUAACGUGAGUAUGUACCACUAUUUAACCGUAUGUAAGUGCAUGUGAAUGUGUAGAGGUAGAGUAUAUUUUUUUUUAAACUAAACGUAUAUGUGUACAAUGUGAUGGCCUAAAAUAUUUGUGCGCCAAAGCGUGCCAAUUCACGUGUAAUGAUGUGUAUUUUGCAGGUGGCAAAUGGGAACGCGAUUCCUGGUCGAAUGUAGGUUGGGGCUCUGGGGAGUAGGGGACGUAAAUUCUCAGUCUCGAAUGAUACAUUUGUAAUUUAUUCUUGUAGGAUGUUGUCAUCGGAAGUCUUCUUUCCUGGAAUAUUUUAUAUUGUAGCAUGGCAAACAGGCACAGUUAUUUAAAGCUUAUUUAUUAUACUAGUUACCGUUUUGUAAGAAUGUGGUUUAUGUGACGAACAAACUUUAAAAUAUGAAGAAUAUACGUGUCAGGUUCGUGACCAAAGCGCAAUGUGAGGGGCCAAAUAUAUAAAUCCACACGCCACACGCCCCUUAUAUAUGAACAAUAUGUUGUUGGAAUCUUUAUGUAAGCAAUGUGAACGGAUUUUAUUUUGAUUUUACCACUGGAUCUACUCGUGCUAAUACUUGUGAGUUGUUUAGGCAAUCAAUGAACGUGGAAUUUCUACUUAAAGCAUGCUACAUGUGUCCGUGUAUGGUACUUAUGUGUAUAUCCUAGUGGGCAAUAAAUUUUAGCUACAGAGAAAAUCGA